AUGACAAAUGGUUCGCUUGAUAAAUACGUCUUCAAUCGAGAAAAAGCCUCUUCAUUGGAUUGGGAUAUGAAAUUUAAGAUUGCAGUUUGUCCCAAAAAUAUCAGAUUUUGGGUUGGAAAAAUUAUGCACCACAAACAAGGAGACACGGCAGCAAGAGGAACCAUUGGGUAUGUUGCUCCUGAACUUAUCAACAGAAGUGUUGGAGUAGUGUCUUACAAGACUGAUGUGUAUAGUUUCGGGAUGUUAUUGAUAGAAAUAAUAAACUUAAACGAAGACUUGAAUAGGAACAAUGAUGAAUCUAAUAAGUAUUUCCCAAACUGGAUAUACGACUACUUGAACCAAGGUAGAGACAUUGGCAUUGGAAAUAUUGAUGAAAAUGACGAUAGAACCAUUGUUCGGAAGAUGACUAUUGUUGCGUUAUGGUGCAUACAAAUGAGUCCAGACAAUCGUCCACCAAUGAGUAGGACGUUGGAGAUGAUAGAAGGUGAUGUCGAACAUCUACAAAUCCCUAACUAUCCUGUGUAUAUGGCAGGAAAUGAGUUACAAAAUUGGGAAUGCCUCCUCAUCAUUGUUGCAUGUUAA